GACACAAGGAACAGGAAGACGUGGAGAGGUGCUGCCUCAGAGUUCGAGGGAGGGGAGUGCUGGCACCUCUACUAUCCCGGGCAGGAGAGUUACGUCUGAGCCCAAGACAAGACGCUGGUGACUUGUGAGGGACCGUGCCCGCCACUGUGCUGGAGAGCCUGGCAGAGAGGUGGCACUGAGUGCAGCGCUUCUGUAGGAUCCAGUAGUUCAGCUCAUAGUUAGUAACUUGAUGUAACAUUCGUGCGUGCCUAUGGAGUGGGUACACUGCUUAGAAAAACUUUCAAUCUGCAGCAGCAUUUGUGUUGGCACUGAACUGGCACUUUAGAGAUUGCAUGGCAUUGACUGGUGCAGUGUCAUACUAGCUGUUAUAUAGAAAGGUCCUAAAAUCGUUAGAAACCUGGUCAGUAGUGGGUUAAGUGAGAUUUGCACUUGGGCUACAUGUCUUAGUACAGAUUACUUUUUGUAUUAUCUGUAGGUCUCACAAGAGGCUGGUUCCUCUGUAGGUUUCAUUUGUAUGUAUUCGCUUCUACUUCUAACACAUACUAGACUCGCCAUAGGGAGUAGUUGGCACACAUAGAUAAUACUAGAUAAUUUCCUGCCAGACCAGGGAGUGACUGGAAUUAUACCAUGAAUAAGAGGAGACGACUGGCAACUGCUUGGCAACCACUGAGAAGAAGGAAGGGUCUUUGUUUGUUGGCCGCUGUUGCCUGCAUAUUGUUCUUUAGUUUUCUGUUGUUCAGUAAAGAUGCAGAAGACAAUGAUAGGCAAAAUGUGGAGGGUCUGAAAGCUGAGGAGCAUCAUGUAGGUAGAGAAGUACCUGUUAACCAAAAGGAACUAGAAUAUGAGGAGCUGAAGAGGCCAGUCUACGAAAAACCACCAUUGGACUUGCACUCGUUGGGAGAGUUCGGUCGUCCGGUGAGACUCGAUCUUCAAGGGGAAGAAAAAAAGCUGGAAGAGGAAAGUAUCAACAAACAUCAGAUCAACAUCUACCUCAGUGAGAAGAUCUCACUACAUCGCUAUCUAGAAGAGAGAUGGAACCCAAUGUGUAAAACUGUAAAAUAUGACUACUAUAAACUACCCAGAACAUCUGUUGUCAUUGCCUUUUACAAUGAGGCCUGGUCAACACUUCUACGGACAGUCCACAGUGUCCUGGAAACGUCUCCAGACAUCCUUCUUGAAGAAAUUAUUCUUGUUGAUGACUACAGUGACAAAGAUCACCUAAAGGAACCAUUGGAAAGGCAUAUCUCAGUGCUAAAGAAGGUGCGACUAAUCCGUGCUAACAAGAGAGAAGGUCUAGUGCGUGCCCGUCUCCUUGGAGCUUCCAUUGCAAAAGGAGAAGUGCUGACCUUUCUUGACUGCCACUGUGAGUGUCACAUAGGAUGGUUGGAACCAUUAAUGGAGAGGAUCCGAGAAAAGGAAACUGCCGUGGUUUGUCCUGUAAUAGAUGUGAUUGACUGGAAUACCUUUGAGUAUCUGGGCAAUGCUGGAGAGCCUCAGAUUGGAGGGUUGGACUGGAGACUUGUCUUUACUUGGCAUGUAGUGCCAGAGAGGGAACAAAAACAAAGACGUUCUCCCAUUGAUGUCAUCAGUUCCCCAACUAUGGCAGGUGGACUGUUCUCUGUCAGUAAGAAGUAUUUUGAAUACUUAGGAUCUUAUGAUACCGGAAUGGAAGUGUGGGGAGGAGAAAAUCUUGAAUUUUCAUUCAGAAUCUGGCAAUGUGGUGGGACACUUGAAGUACACCCAUGUUCUCAUGUGGGACAUGUAUUUCCAAAACAAGCCCCAUACUCUCGUAGUAAAGCACUGGCCAACAGUGUGCGGGCAGCAGAAGUUUGGAUGGAUGAAUAUAAAGAGCUUUACUACCACAGAAAUCCACAUGCCCGUCUGGAGCCGUAUGGAGAUGUCACAGAGAGAAGACAACUAAGAGAGAAACUGCAGUGCAAAUCUUUCAAGUGGUUUUUGGAAAACAUUUACCCAGAACUUCAUGUCCCUGAAGAUAGGCCAGGCUACUUUGGGAUGCUCAAAAAUAAGGGAAUGGAUAACUAUUGCUUUGAUUAUAAUCCUCCGAAUGAGAAUGAUGUCACUGGACAAAAGAUUAUUCUUUAUCCCUGUCAUGGAAUGGGGCAGAAUCAGUUCUUUGAAUAUACAUCUUACAAUGAGAUCCGGUACAACACACGACAACCUGAAGGUUGUACAGCUGUAGAGCAAGACUCUGACCAGUUAACAAUGUUUUUAUGUCGAGAAAAUGGACAAAGUGUGCCUGAGAACCAAAAGUUUAUUUUCAGAGAGGACGGUACUCUGUUUCAUGAGCAAACAAAGAAGUGUGUUCAAGCCGAGAGGACUACCAGCAUGGGGAAUCCUGCCCCUUUAUUAAGACCAUGCUCAAACUCUAAUCUACAAAAAUGGUUUUUCCAGGAGAGAAGCUAAUCCAACCCAAUUAGACUGGUGCAGUUACUACUGAUUGCCCUGUCUCAGGAGCAAGAACAUUAUUUCUCUGUCAGUUUUAAACAGUUAAUAUUUCUGGCAAAUACAUAUCACAGAUCUACGAAUCAGGAGCUCUGCCGGGAUCUUUUGUGGCUGUUUUUAUUCUUCUAUUUUUGAUAUGAUUAUGGGUGAUGAAAUACAGGUUAUACUGUAAAAAAAUGGAUAUUCCAGACAGUGGUGUUGAAAAAAAGAAAGUGUGUGUAUAUUCCUUUGUAUAUGUAGAGUGGGAAAUCAAACCUGAUUAUUUAUAUGUCCAUCUGUUUUAAAAUCCUAAAAAAAAAAAACAAAUCUCCUUGGUUUUCUGGUCAAGCCACUUUUUUAUCUAUCACCUGUCCUUGCAUGGAUCAGGGUAAUGUGACAUGUUAUGAAGGGCACACCAAGGACUGAGUUGUGUUUACUUAUGUAGGUCCAGGUAGACCGAUAGUUUCUUGCCUUAAUUUAAAUUCUUUUUUUUUUUUUUUUAACUUAACCUAAAUAUUGCUGCAAAAAGCCUAUUUGUGUAUUUCUAAAAUGAAACUUUAAUGUGAUUUAAUAAUAUGGAUUCUUUGUAACACAGCUGUUUAUUGCACACUUUAAUAGAAAUUUAAAACAACCAUGGGAUACCAAAUUCUGUAGAAAAGUACUACCUGAAGCUUUGUACUCAAAAGAAACCUGUCAUAUUGAAAAUACAGUCCAAUCUGCAGGCAUCAUGCGAAGAACUUCGUUGCAAGCAGCUUUAUUGUAGAUACAUCACACCAUAAAAACGACAGUCAGUCGGACAUGU